AUAGCUACGAAUACGGUGUGGCGCUGCCGAUCAAUUGCAGUGACGUCAAAAUUGACAACAGAAAAAUUACACAAGUUACCCUUGUUUCAUAAGAUUAUAAGAAGGAUUUUCAUCGUAAGUUGAAUUUUAAACAUAUGCUGCCGCAUACAGAUCGAUCAAUUCUGCCCGAUCUGUCGUAGAAAUUGUGGAUCGGUGUUAUAAUAGUUGACUGACGCAAUUCGUACAUUUCCCGAUACAACCUUUCAAUAAUAUAUCGUUACCUUUUUAAACACAGAGCUUUCACCUACUAACACAAAGAAAUUAUGGAUUCCCUUUUAAAUACAAAUGUGACAUUGGUCGUUAAGGCACCGAAUCAGAAAAUAGCCGAUCAGACGGUAGAAUGCGCAAUAGAAUGGACAGUUAAACAAUUGAAGAGACACUUAUCAGAAGUCCACCCUAGUAAACCCAAUGAAGAUAACCAAAAGUUGAUUUAUUCCGGAAAAUUAUUACCCGACAAUGUUUUACUCAAAGAUAUAUUAAAAGAAGAUAACGAAGAACAAAUUCAGCAUACAGUACAUCUAGUUUGUUCGAACCCAUCACCCGUCCCUCAAAGAAUACCACCUACAUCAGAUAUUAGGAAUGAAAAUGGACCAUAUAGAAGGAAACAAUCUAUGUCGGCUACAGCACCCUCAUCUACAACCCCAACUCCAGCUCCAAUAUCAGCACCAGAAUUUAAUCAAUUCAGUCAGUUAAAUUGGCCUUACAAUCCAGAGCAAAUGAUGUGGUUACAGCAAAUUUAUACACAGCAAUGGAAUCAGAUGAUGUCGCAGUAUUAUCAAGAACAAUCUCUUCCCUCUGCUCUUCCUGCUGAGGGUACGACGACUGCUACUUCGGCGGGACUUCCCCCUCCUCAGCAACCACAACCUGAAGCUGCCCAAGAACCUGAACCGGUUAGAAUGAAUGCUGGACCAGGGGCCGCUGCUGCGGAAGAUGAUGAAUUUGAAAAUCGAGAUUGGCUUGAUAAAUUAUAUACUCUAUGCAGAAUAGCCAUAUUCCUGGCUAUAAUCUACUACUACUCCAACUUUCAACGUUUCGCUCUGUUUUUAACAUUGGCCCUCGUUUUUUAUGUGUAUCAUAUCGGCUGGUUAAGACCCCAACGACGCCUCAAUCGAGAGUCUCCGAGACCGGAACAAGACGGUCAACAGCCGGCUGAAGACAAUCGUUUAGUCUCUAUCUUUCGGAUGUUUACUACUUUUGUCAUAAGCUUUGUCAUGUCAAUUUUUCCAACAGCUGACGUUGGAGCAAACUAG